AUGGUAAGGAUCAAUAUUGCCAAAAACAACAUAAGCAGACUACUCAGGAUGUCAUUACACAGAGGAGAGAAAGUUGACUUGAGUCAAUUGCCACAUACAUUUGAUAAACAAGUACCAUUAGCCGUGAUUGGAGGUACUGGGUUGUAUGAUUUACCAAACUUGAAACCAGUUGCAAGAGUUACUGUUUCAACACCAUGGGGGUUCCCAUCGGCACCAAUCACUAUAUCCGUGACCGAUCAAGGAUAUCCAGUUGCAUUUUUGGCCAGACAUGGACAACACCAUGACUUAUUACCAUCGGAUGUUCCAUCUAGAGCCAAUAUAGCAGCAUUGAAGAAAUUAGGGGUUAAAGCCAUUAUAGCUUUUUCAGCAGUUGGAUCCUUACAACAAGAAAUCAAACCAAGAGAUUUUGUAGUUCCAACCCAAGUUAUCGAUAGAACCAAGGGGAUCAGACCAUCCACCUUUUUCGAAAAAGGAUUUGUUGCCCACGCAAUGUUUGGGGAACCGUUUGAUUUAACCUUGAAUCAAAUCAUCAGUGACAGUUUACCAUCCAGUGGAUUUUUAGAAGGGUUUGAUACCGAACAUACUCCAUUAUUACAUACCAAGAAACACACCAAUAAAAACGAAGAUUUGACCGUGAUCUGUAUGGAAGGCCCUCAAUUUAGUACUAGAGCAGAACUGAAACUCUACCGUACUUGGGGAGGAUCCGUUAUCAAUAUGUCCGUUUUGCCAGAAGCAAAAUUGGCUCGUGAAGCAGAAAUCGCUUAUCAAAUGAUUUGCAUGUCUACAGAUUAUGAUUCCUGGAACGAAAAUGAAGAACCAGUCACCGUGGAAACCGUGGUUGGUAACUUAAAGGCAAACCUGGCCAAUGCCUGCAAAGUCGCCGCCCAUUUAAUUGACAUUGUCAGUGCCGAGUUAGUCAGUGGUGAAAAGAAUUUGGGUACGAGCUUAGAAGGUUCGAUGAAGUACUCGGUCAGUACCAGUCCCCAUGGGGUCAAGAAGGAAUUGUUAGAGAAAAUGCACUUUUUAUUCCCUGGCUACUGGCCAAUCAACUAA